AUGGCCUCCACCUCGUCUCCACUACCGGCGUCUCCGCUGCUCAUGCUGCUGCUGGGGCCGCUCCUGCUCGCCAUGGCGCGUCCGUGCUCCGGCGUGGAUGCGAUCAGCACGUACUGCGCCAAGAACGGGACCAGCGCGCAGACGCAGGCCAGCAUCGACCAGGUCCUCACGGCGCUCGUCCCGCGCGCCUCCGCCGCCUACUACGCCACGGCCACCGCCGGCCGCUCUUCGUCCGCGGUCUGGGGCCUCGCGCAGUGCCGUGGCGACGUCGCGCGUCAGGACUGCUCGCUCUGCCUCGCCGCGGCGGCCAAGGAGGUCGCGUUGUCCUGCCGCGGCAGCUCGGACGGGCGGGUCUUCUACGACUACUGCCUGCUCCGGUACUCGAUCUCCAACUUCAUCGGCCUUGCGGACACGGGGUACACGCUCAUCCUGCUCAACACGCAGAACGCCACCGGCGUCGACCUGGCCGCGUUCGACCGGGCGCAGGGGAAGCUAUGUCCCGAGUCGCCUCCGAGGCCGGCGACGCCGCCAACAAGGGGCUGA